ACAGCGAGACGCGCAUGGCACACACCGCUUCCCGGAAUGUGUGGGAUGGGAGUCUCUCGGAUUAAUGUGCAACCACUGGUCCGAUUCACAAGGCACACGGGGGUUUAUCUGGGCGGGAGGUUCCUCUCUGCUGCUGCCGCUGCUGCUGCUUCUUCUUCUGAUCGGUUCCUUUGGGAGCAGAGUGACUUACCUGCACUGCGGUGUGCACGGUCAAGAGGGAGCAUGGCCAGUCGACCAGAAAUCCUCCUUCUCCUCCUCGUCCUCGCCGUGGCAGCUGCGUCACCCUCGCUCGGCCAAACCAUCUCCUGUCCGCCCGGGUGCACGUGCAGCCGCUCCAAGCAUCUGGUGAGCUGCCACGGAGAGGCCCUCACCUCGCUGCCGGCCACGUUGCCGGACAACACCGACAUGCUGGUCGUCAGGGGCUCGCUGCUCACGGGGGCGCUGACCUUUCCCUGCUGGUCGCACCCCCUCGACUACCUGGAGAUCGCCGACAACCGGGCGGCCCUGCGGCUGGCCCGCGACUCGUUCGGUAACCUGCCCCACCUCGCCCUGCUCCACUUCUCCGGCAACCGGGUGGCGGCCGGCCUGCCCGCCGGACUGCUCGCGCCCCUUAAACGACUCCGCUGGGCGGACCUGUCCAACAACAGCCUGGCCGAGCUGCCCGGCUCGCUGUUCGCGGGCGCCUCCGCGCUCGGCUACCUGGACCUCUCCAACAACGCCGUCGCAUCCCUGCCGCCGGGGAUUUUUGAAGAUCUCGGCAACCUCGACACGCUCCUCCUCUCCGGCAACAACCUCACCGCGCUGCCCGGCACGGUCUUCGGCUCGCUACGCCAGCUCGAAACGCUGGACCUGUCGUACAAUCGUCUCGGGUCCAUCAGCCGCGUGCACUUUGCCGCCUUGAGCGCCCUCAAGGACCUCCGUCUCAACGGCAACUUCAUCCGGGCGAUCGACGGUGCCGUGUUCCGGCCGCUGGCGAGCCUCGAGAGCCUGUCGCUGGCAUUCAACGCGAUCUCGUCGGUGCCAAGCCAGGCGUUCGACGGACUGAGGAACCUCACUCGACUGGACCUGGCUCACAACAACCUGAGCGCCGUGGCCCAAGGGCUGCUUUGCGGCGUGAAGAACCUCGAGUGGCUUUACCUGGCCAACAACUCCAUCCAGGAAAUCACGGCCGACAUAUUCGUGGAGAACGCGAAGCUCAAAGGGGUGCGCUUGGAGGGGAACGCUCUGCAGAGGUUGCCCGAGCAGCUGCUGCAGGGUCUCGCCUCCCUGGAGGAGCUCUACCUGAACGGCAACCGCAUCUCCGAGCUCCCCGACGGACUCCUGGCCGUGAACGAGAUGGGUGUCAAGGUGCCCGUCUUUCUUGACUUGUCGCACAACGAGCUGAGCGCCGUGCCCCAGGGGAUCACGCGAGCCCUCGUCGAGCGGAUGUUCAUCCUCAUCCUGCACGACAAUCCGCUGUGCGGCGCCCCGGUGCAGGGCUCGGGCAAGGACCACGUGAAGAAGGCGUGCAAGCUCGGCACGAGCGGAGGCACGGCGAGACCGUGAUGGUUGUGGUUGGAGGUGGUCCCGUGGGGUCAGAUGGUCGGUGGGCCGAGAUGACACCACGGGAGACACCUGGGUUCGAGUCCAGGCUGUUUGGCGUGUGAUUCGUAGAGAAAACGGGGGGAGUGUUUCAAGGGUGGUGAUUCUUCUUUGGUUCUUUCGGUUAAGUCACGUUUAAAGAUAAAAUAAUAAAUUAAAAUAAUAGCAUAUUAUGACGUUUCGAUUGCAACACAAGCAAUCAUCAUCAGGUAUAAAAGAAAUAGCAACAAAAAUCUAACUAGAAAACUAUAAACAGACAUACAAGCAGACAGACAUCACAAGGACACACAGAGAGAGGGCACAUAUCGGUGAGUUAAGAACGGUCACAUCUUGGUGACCCUAAUGAAUACAACACGAACACGCACGCUAUGAUGUUUACGGGACUGCUUUGUUAAUCGUUGAACGAAAGGGGCCGUCCAUAAAUGACGUCACGCACCUAGUGGGGGGGUUGGGGGUCAGACAUUUGUGACGAUGUGUGACGAGGGGGGGUUUGAGAAAUGUGACGUCACAUCAAAAUGCGCAACUUUAAAUAAAUGUAGACAACACGUUCUACUUAAUUAAAUAGACUUUUUAAUAAAUGUUUUCUCCUACAACAUCAGAGUGCAGCGCCACAUUAAAUACGCACUACAAUGACAAUAGUUUAAAGCGAUUUUAAGCAUGUUU